AGCUGGAUCCCCAAGGUCAUCAAAAAGAGAGUUUGCACCACGUUCAUAGAGGACUCCUUUAGGUACAAUACAGUUAACCAAUGCAAAAUGUCCAUGCAAAGCAAAUGUUGUCAGUGUGUCUGUGUUGUCUGUUACGGCUGGUUGUGUGUGUGUCUGUGUGUAUUCAUGUGUAUGUCUUUCUCUCGCUCUCCCUGUCAGCAAUGGUGUGUUGUGUCAGUGUGGGGGUGUGCGGGAGACACACUGCUCCAUAGCUACAGGAGACUAUUUCGGGGUGGCCAUCGCCAGCCAGUGGGACAGCUCUCAGCACUCCUCAGAGUACCCCACCAACGCCUUCGGAGAGUUGGAGUUCGCAGGGGCCGGGAGUAGGCACAGCCAC